AUGGGGCUGAGGAGUGUGGGCCCGGCGGGUAGACAUGAGCGUUCCCUCGGCCCCCAUGGGCGGCGGGCUCCGGGCGCCGUGGGGUUUGCCCAGAUGCACGAUAUUCGGCUCUGUGGCUCCUCAGCAGCCAUCAGCCGUCCCAACCUUGAGAGCCAGAUAAUCAUUCCAGAUCUUCGGGGCUGCUGUGCAGGUGGUGAGCGGAAGGAAGGGGAACCGAGCGUUCGCUGUGCGCAGGCGGUGCACUCUGUGUUGGUUAUCGUGUUUGGUUCUUCUAACCGUUCUCGGGGUGGGAGGCAACUUUAUGACCACUUACCGACGAGGAAAGUUAGGUCACCCACCCGGUACCUCACACCCAAGCCCGGGGACACUUCUCAUCACAACAUCCUGUCUUCUUCCACCAUGUUGAUAAUUGAGGGUGAUAUUAGCCGUUUAGAUUUCCUUAGGGAUACGAGUCCUGUGUGUGGAAACUCACACGAGUCAGUUCAGUCUAGAAGGGCAGUAAUUUCUCAUAAUAUGGAUAAAGCUCUGAAAGAAGUGUUCGACUACAGUUAUAGAGAUUACAUUCUGUCCUGGUAUGGAAAACUCAGCAGAGAUGAGGGACAACUUUACCAUCUGCUCUCAGAAGACUUUUGGGAAACUGUCAGACAGCUGCGUCACAGAUUGAGUCACGUGGAUAUGGUUAAAGUUGUCUGCAGUGAUGUUGUAAGGACUUUACUCACUCAUUUCUGUGAUCUGAAAGCUGCUAAUGCCAGACAUGAAGAACAGCCUAGGCCUUUUGUGUUACAUGCAUGCUUGAGGAACUCAGAUGAUGAAGUAAGAUUCCUACAAAUGUGUUCUCGGGUUCUGGUGUUUUGUCUCCUCCCCUCAAAGGAUGUCCAGUCUCUCAGCUUACGUAUAAUGCUUGCAGAAAUUCUCACAACAAAAGUCUUGAAGCCAGUAGUGGAGUUACUGAGUAAUCCAGAUUACAUUAAUCAAAUGCUACUUGCCCAGCUGGAGUACAGAGAACAGAUGAAUGAACAUCACAAGAGAGCCUACACCUAUGCUCCUUCUUAUGAAGAGUUCAUCAAGCUUAUUAAUAGCAACUCUGAUGUGGAGUUCUUGAAGCAACUAAG